GACGUCUGUGAUUACGUCAGCGAGUAAACAUAAUUGUUUAAAUGUCCGCGUAUCGAUGAAUAAUAAUACUUUAGAUAAUAUAAUUUCUUUAAUAUUUAUGGAUAUGUUAUUCUUUUCUCCUUAUUCAUUUCGUACAUUAGAAGUUCAUGAAUCCAAGAAAUAUAAGGAAAAUAUGUUUCUAUAUGGGAAAAUAUUUUUGGCCUCGUAAUAAAGGAUUUAGUGGAAGAUGGAAAUUAUGGAUAUUUCCAGUUACAUUUUGUAUUUGUGUUUGCUUAUAUUUAAUUUAUAGAAAUUAUGUUAUAUUUGAAAGAGAUGUAUCAGAUAAAAAGUAUUAUUCAUUAAAUGGAAUUUUUGAAGAUAAAGAUAACCUUGAAUAUGCAAUAGUUAUUGAUGCAGGAAGUAGUGGAAGUAGAGUUUAUAUUUAUGUUUGGCCUCCUCAUAAAGGAAAUCUUGAACAUUUGCUUGACAUUCAUCAGUUAACAGAUGAAUUUAAUAGACCAUUAGUGAAGAAAAUAACACCUGGUUUGUCAUCAUUUGCAGAUGAACCAUUCAAAGCAAGUGAUUAUCUUUAUCCACUUCUUCAGUUUGCUGCUGAAAAUGUUCCAAUUGACAAGCAUGUCCAAACUCCACUUUUUAUAUUAGCAACGGCCGGCAUGCGAUUGUUAUCAGAAGACAUUCAAGAAUCAAUAUUAAAUGAUUUAAGAGUGGACAUUCCACAAAACUUUAGCUUCCAUUUUCCUCCAACUAAUGUAGAAGUAAUAUCGGGAAAACAAGAAGGAAUAUAUUUAUGGAUAGCUAUUAAUUAUCUACUUGGAAAUUUUGAUCACACUUUUGAAAAUGAUGACAAAACAAAAAUUGUAACCAAUUCUUCUAUUUGGAGAAAACCUACAGUUGGAAUGUUGGAAAUGGGUGGUGCUUCUUUACAAAUAGCAUAUGAGGUGACAGAUGAUGAUUAUAAUAAUGAAAUUCAAGUAGGUGUUUCUUUUUUUUUAUUUUCUGAGAAUAUUUUUGAAAAAAAAUUUAAUGUUAAACCUAGCAAACUGAUUAUAUUAAUUCAAUUUUUCAUAAAUUUAUUUUACAGAAAUAAAACCGCACCAUUAGUAAUCUUAGAUCCCUGUCUGUCUAAAGAAACCACCGAUUUUAAUGAUAAAAAUACUAUAAGUAUUCCUAAUCAAAAUAUUUCUUCAGUUUUAUUUAAGGGAACUGGAAAUUUUAACGAAUGCUAUAAAAGAUUAAUUUCUUAUCUCAAUUAUACUUGUGAAGGGAUGCCUUGUAAUAGUGGAAUACCUCAUUUAGGAUUAAAUUUUUCCAAAAAAGAUUUUUAUGGAUUUUCUGAGUUUUGGUACACGAUGGAGGACGUAUUAAGAAUCGGAGGAAUAUACAAUUAUAAAAAGUUUCAGAAAUCUGCUAGAGAUUAUUGUGCCACUCGCUGGUCGGUUUUACAGGACCGAUUUCAACGCCGCGUUUAUCCGCUCGCAGACAAAAAGAGAUUGAAAUAUCAAUGUUUUAAAUCUGCAUGGAUGAGCGUCGUUCUUCAUGAAGGAUUGAAAUUACCCGUAGAUUAUAAGGGCCUGAGAAGUGCAGCCCUCGUCCAAGGGCAGCACGUACAGUGGAGUCUGGGAGCAGUUCUCUAUCGCACUCGAUAUUUUCCUCUUAGGGCAUUGCAUAAAACAGUUGGUCAGAACAGUUUAAGCAUUUGGAAGGUUAAUGCUUUUUAUCAGUUUUUAUUUUACGGUUGCAUCAUUAUUGUUUUUACUGCCAUUACUAUUUAUUUAUGUCGUCUUCAAAGAUUUUUCUGUAGACCGAGGAAAUUUUUAUCUCAUACUAAUAUUAUAUCUAUGGAGAAAGGUUUGAUACCUUCAAAAGAACCAUUACUAUGGAGGUGAUAUCUUAAGUUCAAUAAAGUGCAAUUUGUACAGUAAAAAUAUUAAUGUUUUGAUAAUAUUGAUGUAAAAAUUUUUUAAAAAAUAAUAAUUUUGCAAUAUUAGAUCCAAAUGUUAAA